AUAACCCUAGAUAUUUGGUCGGAUACAAGUAGCAAGGAGAGUGAGAGUUUGGAGCCAGUAAAUACAGAGAGAGAAAACGCAGGGCCACUAAACCUAGAGGGAGAGGGGUAGGAAAUAGUGGUGAUAUGGGUGAUUCAGAGGAGGUGAGUCGGGUGUCGACCUGCACCAUCACUCCCUCGCGGGCAUCGCAGGAGCAGCACCUGCAACUGUCGCCUUCGGAAAUCUACCUGCUCACCGCACAGUACAUCCAAAAGGGCCUCCUCCUACCCAAACCCGAUCCCAAUCCCAAGUUCUCCUCUCCUUCUAUGGACUCUGUUCUACAGAGGCUCAAGGCCUCGCUGUCGGAGUGCCUCUCCCACUACUUUCCGCUGGCCGGCCGCCUGACCUCGCACCCUGAUGGCACCAUCACCAUCCAUUGCAACGAUGCUGGUGUAGAGUUUGUACACGCCAAGGCGAUCCAUAUCACAUUAAAUGACAUCCUCAGGUCUCCAUAUGUUCCCCUUGUGGUGAGGUCCUUCUUUGUUCAUAGCGGAGCUAUGUCUCAUGAGGGGCGCUUCCUCCCGUUACUUGCGGUUCAGGUUACAGAGCUAGCCGAUGGCCUCUUCAUUGGGUGCUCUUUCAAUCACGUAGUGGGGGAUGGGACCUCCUUCUGGAACUUCCUCAACUCCUGGUCUGAACUCUCCAAACACAUCAACGACAAGGGCGAAGCCUGCACCUUAUCUCGACCGCCUACCAUCAGGCAAUGGUGCCCUGCAACCAAUCCCCCGGUGUGCCUCGACCCUCCAAUUGACAGUUGGUCCCUGCCUCCAAAGCCCUCACCCCCGCUCUUCAACGAUCGAAUCUUCUAUUUCCCAGCCCACUCAAUAUCCAGCCUCAAAGCCAAGGCUAACUCUCAAAAUAUGGACGCCACUUCACCAAUCUCCUCUUUCCAAGCCUUCUAUGCCCAUGUCUGGCGCACCAUCACUCGUGCUCAUGAGCUUCCAGAAGCACAAGAGACAUGGUGCGGUCUGUCGGUGUCAUACCGUUCAAGGGUGGUCCCACCCAUGGCUCCUUAUUUCUUUGGCAAUGUUGUCAAACCGAUUUUCUUGAGAACCACAGCUGGAGAGCUUUUGGGUAGAGACCUUGGCUGGGGUGCUAAGCUCAUUCAAGAUGCCAUCGCAAAGCAAACUAAUGAGGAAAUAUGCUCAUGGUUGGAGGCCAAUGCAAAGGCUCCAAUCGUCUUUGAAACUACGGGGUUAACAACAUCUCCGGGUGUGUUGAUGGGGAGCUCACCUAGGUUUGAUGUUUAUGGCAAUGACUUCGGUUGGGGGCCACCCCUGGGCGUGCGCGUCGGAUACGAUAACAGGUUUGAUGGCAAGUUGUUUGCUUUCCCAGCCAGAGAGGGCAGAGGCGGCAUUGAGCUACAUUUUUACAUGAAUUCAAAUGCCAUUGCUGCACUCGAGAGAGACAAAGAGUUCAUGGAGGCAGUGGAAGAGAAGACUGAUUGAUUUAUUUAUAGAGGGAGAAAAAGUGAGAACUAGAAGCCCAGACGAUUUUUAACUGUUGUGAUGCUAAUCUAUUUUCAGCAACGCUAUCAUUUAUUAGAGUUUGAAGAUCAAACAUUGGAUUGAGGUUUCCUUCUUUAUCAA